GGAGGAUUGUGUGAUCUUGUAUCCGUUUGGCAAGAACCCAAAGAGAAAAAAGCUUUUUUAGGACGCAUACGACAUUUAAAAGGUCAUUAAAAAAUUGAUAUGAUGGAGCUGAUCAUCACACUCCUGAAUGGACAAACGCAUAACGUGCACGUGAAUCCAAAUGCCACCGUUGGUGAACUCAAGAGAGAAAUUGCCCCACGCUUUAAAGCAAGACCUUCACAGCUGAAGCUUUCCAUCACUAAUGGACAAAUCUUGCAGCUGGACCAGGACCAGAAGACUGUGGGCGAUUACGGCCUGAGGUCAGGAUCAAAAGUGAUGCUGCUGAUCUGCACGACCCCCGUACCGUUUCAGGUGUUCGUGAAGAAUGAGAAGGGCCAGACGAAAACAUAUGACGUCACUGACGAUGAGACCGUCGAUCAGUUGAUGAGGAAGAUCUACCAGAAAGAAGGUGUACCAGUGGACCAGCAGCGGCUGAUCUACGAAGGCCGACAGCUCGAAUCUGGCUGGAAGCUGCAGGAUUACAACAUUGUUUCUGGAAGCACCAUUCACAUGACCCUCCGUCUGCGUGGAGGCUGAUGGGACAAAAACACGUGGAGAUCAUUUUAGACCAAAGCAAUUGUUCUAUUUAACACAACUAAAAUAUUCUUAGGAAAUAUACAAGUACAUUGCAGAUACAACUAAUGAUUAUUUUUAUUUAAACAUUCCCUUUUCAUAAUUACAGGGUUAUUCUUAUUUUUCCAGAGUUUCUACUAUUGUUCCCAUGUCUGAAGUGACAGUUGUUAACAAAUUACAUAAAAAUGUGAUAAAAUGAUGACGCUAUGAUGUAUAGCUUAAAAAGGAAUAUAAUGGCUUGCUUUUAGGGACUGAGGAGAACCUUCAGUGGGAAAUAUAUUUUCUUAUGGUUUAUUUUGUGAUGACUCUUAUAUGUUCAAUAUUUAAUAUCUAUGUAAAUAAAAAUAUUUAACAAAACGA